CUGUUCUUUUCUCGCCCAAGUCCAAAAAACGUGGGACUUGCUUGUGGUGUGUGGCUCUGGGGAGAUUUUCGUGCUUCCAUCGGCUUUUUCUAAGGAUUGAUUCGUGAAUUGGCCUCUCUAAUCUGACCAUGGCCUCCACGCUGAGUCUGCUGACCUUGAGGUCCAGCUUAUGGUCGUCCUCGUCGGGGGCGUGGUCGCCGCAUUCGAUCCUGCACAGUGCCCGCCUGGCCGCCACCGGUCAGGGCUUACUCCUGAAACCCGUGGGGUCCCAUUGGGGGGCCGGCGUGACGGGGGUGGCGCCUUUGUCCACGUCUUGUCUGCGAUUCCAGAAGGAGAUCUUCAAACGGGACAAACCCCACAUUAACAUUGGUACCAUCGGUCACGUGGAUCAUGGCAAGACCACACUUACGGCCGCCAUUACCAAAAUCUUGUCCGAUCAAAAGCUGGCCACGUUCAAGGAUUACGCCUCGAUCGAUAACGCGCCCGAGGAGCGCAAUCGCGGCAUCACCAUUAACAUCGCGCAUUUGGAAUACCAGACCGAGAACCGCCAUUACGCCCACACGGACUGUCCGGGUCACGCGGAUUUCAUUAAGAACAUGAUCACCGGAGCCAGCACCAUGGAUGGGGCCAUCUUGGUGGUGGGCGCCACCGACGGGGUCAUGCCCCAGACCAAAGAACAUCUCUUGCUCAUCAAGCAGAUGGGCAUCAGCCAUUUGGUGGUAUUCAUCAACAAAUGUGAUGUGGCCGAUGACGAGAUGAUCGAGCUGGUCGAGAUGGAAGUUCGUGAAUUGCUCUCGGAAAUGGGCUUUGCCGGCGACUAUCUGCCCUUCAUAAAGGGCUCGGCUCUCCAAGCUAUCGAAGGUGAGGCCGAUGACACGUUGGGCAAGAAUGCCAUCAUCGCUCUCAUGGAUGCCGUGGACAACACCAUCCCUACCCCGGAACGCGAUCUGGAAGUACCGUUUUUGCUGCCAAUCGAGCACGUUCACUCAAUUCCCGGACGAGGCACCGUGGUGACUGGUCGUCUGGAGCGUGGCAAGAUGAAGAUCGGCCAAGACAUUGAACUCAUCGGUUACGGCAGGCAACAAAAGUCCAAAAUCACAGGUAUUGAGAUGUUCCACAAAACGCUGGAGGAGGCCAAUGCUGGAGAUCAAAUGGGCAUUCUGAUUCGAGGCCUGAAGCGGGACGACGUUCGUCGAGGCAUGUUUGCCUCCAAGCCUGGCAGUGUCAAGCAACACAACCAGGUCAUGGCCCAGGUUUAUCUUCUGAACAAGGAAGAGGGCGGCUCCGACAAGCCAUUGGUGAGCGAAUCGGGUUUCUGCAUCUACUCCAAGACUUGGGAUACGACCGUGUUCCCCCACAUCAUUGGCAAGGAGAUGGCCAUGCCCGGCGAGGACUCGCAGAUCCUCAUGCAAUUCAACAAGCCCAUGGCCCUGGAAAAGAACCAGACCUUCACGAUUCGACAAGAGGGACGAACCGUUGGAACGGGAAAGUUCACCGAAAUCAAGAAGAGCAUGACGGAAGCCCAGUUGAAUUACCUGACAUGCAGUCGCAAGAAAAAAGACCAAUUGAAGGCCAGUGGCCACAAUCAAGCGAAUGUCUAGAUCCACCAUCUCUUGAGGUUCUCUGUGACAGACAGGCCCUCUGCUCUAAAUCUGAUCUGACUUCUUCACCACCACCACCCUUUGUGGCGUGAUGUGUCUCUCGAAAUGUGGUGUGUUUGUACUUACUUACUCUUCUAUUCAUUCAGAACUGAGUGGAGCGACUGUUUUAUCAGUUCGAACCAUCAGUAAGGUCGUUGGAAAAACGGCCAAAAACCUCAUUGAGAAAACGCUAUGACUAAAUGACGACGAGGUUCUCGGUCGCAUGUCCUUGCUUGACCGGUCUUGGUCCGCUCACUGAAUAAAUUCAAUCACCCACUGCGA